AUGCCUAGCAUCGCCACCAUCGAGCCGGUCAUCGUGGCCACAGCCGUAUGGCGCCGUGCUUGGACGAGCCAGGAGCUAGCCAGAGGCCCCUAUGGCUACCUCCCUGUGCUCUCUGCACCCAUCAUCUUUGCCUGUCUCUUCGCCGUCUCGGGCAUAUGGCAUCUUGUCCAAAACUUUCGCUACCGCCAGUGGUGGCUCGUCAUCCUUACUCUGGCGUGUCUCUUCGAAGCCGUGGGACACGCGCUUCGUGUCUAUGGACACUUUGAACCGUUUGGUGUCAAUGCAUACAUCAGCAUGCAGUGUAUCCUCGUCAUCACGCCCGCGCUGAUUGCCGCGGUGGACUUUGCCAUCCUCGGAAAAGUGGCGGUGCUCUUCCCGCCAGAAUACUCGCUGGUCAAUCCGAGGUGGAUCCUGCCGUUCUUUGUGGCGCUGGAUGUCGCGUCGCUCGGCGUGCAGGGUGGGGGAUCGGCUAUUGCUGCCAUCGCGCAGAUGGACAACAGAGACCCUACGUCGGGCGGCAACAUUGUCGUCGCUGGUCUUGCGAUUCAGCUCGUCGGAUACAUCCUCUUCAACACGAUCCUCGUCGUGUUUGUGCGUAGGUGCAGCAGCAAUCCGCCUUCCGAAGUGCUUUGGAACAAAAGGACACGCACCUUUUUGGCGGCCACCGCCGUAUCGAGCGCCUUGAUCUUUGCGCGUAGCGUAUUUCGCCUGAUCGAGAUGAGUGUCGGCUGGGUCGGCGUCAUCGCAAAGACAGAGUGGACCUUCUACGUCUUUGAUGCAGCCCUCGUCACGAUGGCCGUGUUCAUCUUUAACGUCUUCAACCCCGCCGUGUCUCUCGGCCAACUCUGCGAAACCAACCGAGGCAACAAGUAUAGCGUAGCGCUCGACGAGCGAAAUGCCUCGCACGACUCCGAGGCUUCUUUCAAAGUGUGA